GUUCUUCCUUCUCGGGCGAGGCGACGGAGCGGAGGUUCCCUCGCCGCCGCUGGUUCAGCCGCAGCCACAGCGGCCCCGGGGAAGGGGGGAUGGCGGGUGAGAAGAUGGCUAAAUGUGAACCCUGCGAAAGAAAUUAUGAUAACAUGGUAAAAAUGCUUGAGGAUCUAAAUAGGGAUUUGGAAAAACUUCUGGAAGACAUGGAAAAAUUAUCAGUGCAGGCUACUUGGAUGGCUUAUGAUAUGGUGGUAAUGCGAGCUAAUCCAGACUUGGCCAAUUCAAUGAGACGUCUGGAAGAUGCCUUUCUCACUUGUAAGGAAGAAAUGGAGAAAAAUUGGCAAGAAAUGUUGAAGGAGACUAAAGGAGCUGAACCAAAACAAUAAAUGGUUUUGAAAUCUCUGGUGGAAAUUCAAACCUAGGAAGAGUUAGUCUUGAGUAGUGUGGUCAGUGUUUAUUUACAAAAUAUAUUUUAAAAAUAUGU